AUGAAAACGAUGAAACCAAACUUUAUCUUUUUGUUUGCUGAUACUUCUACACCAAGCUCUUGCUCCGAUGGCAACGAAAAGAAAUCGAAAACCUGGUGGAUUGCUACGAUUGCAAGUGUUGGAGGUGUUCUCGUUGUUGCAAUCGUAGAAGAAUCAAAAAUGAUGAGUAGCAAGUUAAUACAAUUUAAUGACACUAAAUAA